CCCCCCGGGCUCCCGGGCCCUCAGCCCCGCCGCAGGAAACAGCCGCCGCGCCCGGCCGACUUCAAGCUGCAGGUGAUCAUCAUCGGCUCGCGGGGCGUCGGGAAGACCAGCCUGAUGGAGCGCUUCACAGACGACACCUUUUGCGAGGCUUGCAAGUCCACCGUAGGUGUUGAUUUUAAAAUCAAAACAGUAGAGCUAAGAGGAAAGAAAAUUAGAUUACAAAUCUGGGAUACAGCAGGUCAGGAAAGAUUCAACAGUAUUACCUCAGCUUAUUACAGAAGUGCCAAGGGAAUUAUAUUGGUGUAUGAUAUCACAAAGAAAGAGACGUUUGAUGAUUUGCCAAAAUGGAUGAAAAUGAUUGACAAGUAUGCCUCAGAAGAUGCAGAGCUAUUACUGGUUGGAAAUAAAUUAGAUUGUGAAGUGGACAGAGAAAUUAGUCGACAACAGGGAGAAAAAUUUGCACAGCAGAUAACUGGGAUGCGGUUUUGCGAAGCUAGUGCCAAGGAUAAUUUUAAUGUGGAUGAAAUAUUUCUGAAACUAGUUGAUGACAUCUUAAAAAAGAUGCCUUUUGAUGUAAUAAGGAACGAAUUGUCCAACAGCAUCCUCUCCCUACAACCAGAGCCAGAAAUUCCACCAGAACUGCCACCUCCUAGACCUCAUGUCCGUUGUUGCUGACUUGCUGCUUUGUCCAGAGUGGAUGAGGGAAGGAAGAGGAGGAGGAAGAAGAAGAGAGAGAGAGGCACCUAUACUCUCUGAACUACAAUCAUAUGGCAGUUCAUUUUUGCACUUUGAUUCAGAGUCAGAGCUACACACUACUUGUAAAUAUGCAAAUAUGCAAACCUGGAUAGAAUUCAGCUGAACUGAUUACCUUUCCACAAAUGUUUUUUUCACUCCUUUUCCCCAGCACUAUAAAUAUUAUAUGUUUGACUGGGAAAUACAGCACUCCCAAACCUAGGAUGUAAGAAAUUAAAUCCAUACUUUACUUAUUCUGAACAUAAAUGUUGUAAUAGUCCUUGAUAUAAGCAGAAUCUCUUCUAGUCUAUGGUGCUUUGCUAGCUUUUUAAAAAGAUCAUUUAAAAAAAUUUUUAGACUUAACACCUAUAAAGCUUUCUUAGACAACAUUGUUUCCCACAUACAUUUUAAAAGUAUGUUUACUGGGGCAUCUUAAAAUGAUUGACAGCACAAUUCUGUUUGAUUUUUUCAGAAGUAAGUCCUGCUGUUGUUAGUAGGUCCUGGUGGGCUUAUGUCUGUGUAAAGUGUGCAGGGUUGCAGACUGAGUGUGCAGUCCAAAACGUACUGGUGCCAGCUAGUCAUUUAAAUGGGAGUUGCUUGUGUGAUUUCGUGCAAGCAUUAUUGAAAUAAUUGGGGAUUGAUUACCACUACAACUCAGCGGUAAGCACACAGACAAAUGCUAUAUUCAGCAUUUUAAGCAUUAUUUAUUAUAUAUUCUAGUUGAUGUACUGUUAUGUGUACCAAGGCACUGCAUUAUAUGCAGUUUAUAAAUGAUGAAUUGCCAACUUGCACAGUUGGUUUCCUCAAACAUAAAUUCGGUAGCAGUGAGAUUCCAUACAAAGCAGAAAUAUAUUUGCAACUUAUUUUUUAAAAAGAUAUAAAAACAUUGCUACUAUCCUAGACAGAUUAUUUUAAAAAUCAUUUUUAGGACAAGACAUUUCCUACAGUAUGGAAUCAAUAUGUUUUAUUUGUCUGGAAAAAAUGAGAUGAGUUGUCAUUAAAAUAUACUUUUCUCAAUAGGUGAGUUUUUCCCCAUUAAAUAUAUUGUGCUAAAGGUUCCCCACCCCUGUCUGAAUGAAUUUGUGCACUAUAUCUUUUUGGUAUAUCUUUUAUUAAAACUGCACUGUAUAGUUUACAUGUGGCAAACCAGUAGCUAUGUAUUUGAAUAACUGUCCUGUUGUGGUAUGGAAAAGCAUUGUUGUUCUAAACUAAUGAUGUGCCAAUAAAAUUUUGUAUUUAUGAAUGACAAUGGAACUGCAUCUCUUAUUAGAAUGCCAAAUAUCAAAUGUUGGCCAAAAUAGGAAUAUCCAGUUUUGGGGAAAAAUUAAAAAUCUCUAACUUUCUAGUUGAUAAAAGCAGAAUAAAUUGGAUGUGUUGACUUGCAGUACAAUCUUGAGUAUGUUCACUCAGUUGUGAAUCCCAUUGACUUCAGUGGGAUUUGCUCCUCAGUAAAUGUCUGAGAACUGCAGCCUUAGCCAAAUCUGUAUCCAGUAUAUUGCCACGACACCUUUUUUUAAAAAAAAACUCAGUAAAAUAUUCUCUUACUGUAAUAUGAGAUUACUCAGAAAACUGCAGGCAAAUAUUGAUGAUUAAAUAGAUUUUCAGUCUCCAAAUUGUUGUUUUAUUUUCCAGUGCCCAAAUCUUUAUUUUGUGUACUAAGCAAUGAGUCUGACCAGCAAGGUGCCUCACUGGCCUUUCUGGUAUCUUGUCAUCAGGUUUCUACACGUUAAGAAUGUUCAGUAAUUGGUUCCCAUUUUAAGUGUACAAGUUAGUUCCUACUGAUCUUGGUAUACCUCUUUUGGAUCAUUUAAUUUUGACUAAUAAAAGAUGCACAACUGAAAUGUAUUUCUGCCACCACAAUGUGCCUAUACAAGUGUUGUUCUUCGCACAGAUUAUCAUGUGGUUUCUAUAGUACUGACUAGAUGGAGUGCCAUCUUUGUAGCAUGGGUAGGAGUUAAUGCUGUAGGCAAUAACAGUGCAAACUUUACAAACAUUUAGGUAAUGUUCUUGUAUUUAAAAAUAUGGUUUCUUCAGUUCUUGAAUAAAAAUGUAAGAAAAAAAGGCC